AACCCACCGGAGCCGGGCCCGCCGCCGCCGCCGCCGCCAUGCCCCAGACGACCCCCCCGCCGCCGCCGCCGCCCCCCGCCGCCGCCGCCGCACCAUGAAGCGGCAGAACGUGCGGACGCUGGCGCUCAUCAUGUGUACCUUCACCUACCUGCUGGUGGGAGCCGCCGUCUUCGACGCGCUGGAGUCGGAGGAAGAAACGGCGGAGCGGCGGAGGCUGGAAGCCAAGAGCCAGGAGCUGAAGAGCAAGUACAACCUCAGCGCCGAGAGCUACCGCGAACUCGAGUGGGUCGUCCUCAAGCUCAAGCCCCACAAGGCCGGCGUCCAGUGGAAAUUCGCCGGUUCCUUCUACUUCGCCAUCACCGUCAUCACUACCAUAGGUUACGGCCAUGCAGCCCCCAGCACGGACGGGGGGAAGGUCUUCUGCAUGGUCUAUGCCCUGCUGGGGAUCCCCCUCACCCUCGUCAUGUUCCAGAGCUUGGGCGAGAGGAUCAACACCUUCGUCAGGUACCUCCUCCACCGCAUCAAGAAGUGCCUUGGCAUGAGGCGCGCGGAGGUCUCCAUGGCCAACAUGGUCACCAUCGGGUUCUUCUCCUGCAUCAGCACCCUCUGCAUCGGGGCAGCCGCCUUCUCCUACUACGAGCACUGGAGCUUCUUCCACGCCUACUACUACUGCUUCAUCACCCUCACCACCAUCGGCUUCGGGGACUACGUGGCCCUGCAGAAGGACGAAGCCCUCCAGAACAAGCCACAGUACGUGGCCUUCAGCUUCGUCUACAUCCUGACGGGGCUGACAGUCAUCGGGGCUUUCCUCAACCUGGUGGUGCUGCGUUUCAUGACCAUGAACGCCGAGGACGAGAAGCGGGAUGCCGAGCACCGGGCGCUGCUCACCCGCAACGGGCAAGCCAGCAGCAUCCACGCCGCGGACGCCGCCUCGGCCGCACCGGCGGCGGUGGGAAGUGGCGGGGGCGGCUUUCGGAACGUCUACGCCGAGGUUCUCCACUUCCAAUCCAUGUGCUCGUGCCUGUGGUACAAAAGCCGGGAGAAGCUGCAGUACUCCAUCCCCAUGAUCAUCCCCAGGGACCUCUCCACCUCGGACACCUGCGUGGAGCAGAGCCACUCCUCGCCCGGCCGCUGUCCGGAGACCCCCUCCAACAGAUGCUUCUGCAACGCCCGCCGGUCGGCCAUCAGCUCCGUCUCCACCGGUCUCCACAGCCUGGCGGCUUUCCAGGGGCUCAUGAAGCGCCGCAGCUCCGUGUAGCCCCUCUCCAUCCCCACCUGGACCCCCCCCCCCGCCUUGGCCCCGUGGCCAAGGAACUUUCUUGGUCACGGCAGGAGGAAACUGCCCCGGGGUCUGGCUGCGGAGGGGGAGGCAGCGGGCUGGGACCCCCCGGGGAACCGGGGGCUGCGCUCCUCUGCCAGGACUCGGGAGGGAUGCAGGAGCAGCGGCGAGGCUGCCCCGGUCCUCUCUGAAGCGGGAAGAAGGGAGCUGCUGGUUUUAUUUUAUUUUAAUUUAAAUUAAUUUUAUUUUAUUUUAUUUUGCAAAACCACUCCUCAAAAAUGUGAAAUUUGAAGAGCUGGAGAGUGUUCUAACCUGAUGGGGUGGGGGAUAUGCCUGCACCUCCCACCGUGAUACCUCUGUGCAAAAGCGGCUGGGGACCCCCACGGCCCCCGGGCCAGCCCCACGGCAUGGCCGUGAGCCGGACACGUGACCGUGUGUGCACCAGAGGCCUCGGGGGACGUGGGGAGAGGAGGACGUGGGGCUCCUGGCAGCGACCGUGGGCAGCAGCGAGGUCCCGUCCCCUCCAUCCUCUGCCUUCUCCGGCCACGGGGCUGCCCCGGGGAGGGCAGGUCUCCGGGCGGUGAGGGAUGCCGUGGCGAAGGCGAGCACGCAUCAACGGGCAAAUCAGGCUAAGAGGGGCUUAGACGGAGCUUUUUCGAUCACUGCGCACAUCAGCCUGCCCCUGCGGCCGAGAAAACAAGCCGUGAGUCACGUAGGCUGCCGAAAACGCCUGCCGCAACUCGGUGGGCAACCCUCCGAGAGCUUUAUGGGGUUAUUUUAACCCUCUUUAGAUGGGCAAACCUGGGCAUCCCCGGGAUUUUCCUGAUGGCAAGCCAUCCCCGGGAGGUAGGACGGAUGGGCAGCGGCAGCGCAGUCCCCUGGGACCCCCCAUCUCCAUCCUCCCCUGUGGCAGCUCUGGGGCCGGAGCCAUUACCCUCGGGGAGCUUUUUUAGGGGACAGCCUGGGGCAUUAUAAGACUUUUUCCACCCUUCUUCUCCCUCACACCCCCGGGUUGAACCGGUCCCCUUUCGACCCGCACCCCAUCUCACCCCGACACCUCGAGCCCAGAGCAGGGGAUGCUCCCGGGGCUUCCCCUCUCUGAGACCCAGGACGUCCCGGGGGUCAUCUCCAGCACGGCCACCCCGUCACGGCAAGAGGGGAGCAAAAACUUCUUUCCUUGCCCCCCCUCCAUGCACGGGGCAGCCCCCAGCCCCACGGGGAGCACCCCGCUCACCCCCAGGACUGCGCUCCCCCCUGCCAGCACCCAAAGCACAGGCUGUCCCCCCGCCAGCGGGGACACCGGGGGACACCGUGACGGGCACCGGUCCCUCUUUGAGCCCCAGGGGUGCCAGGGGGACUUUGGGGACAGCUGGGGCACCCAUCCCACCUGUGUCUUUUCUCACCUUUUAACGGAAGAAAACCAAUGUAUUUCUAAUACUUGACGACCUGUACAUACUGUUAGAUACCAGAGAGGAUAUUUAUUAUAAAUGACACUAUCAUCAUAUCUAUAGAAAUCUAUAAAUAUCUAUCAGAAAGGAGUCUUGGGGGGACACUGUUGACGACUCCGGGAAAUUUCUUUUUGCUCUCUGCAUCUUUCUCAUCCUAGGGCACCCGCGGGGAGCCACACUCCCCCCGGCAAGGUUUCUCUGGUUCUCAUGCCAAAGCAUAUUUGUACUGCUGAGUUACUUUCCUUAGAGAGAGAAAUAAAGGCUGGUUCAAACUUC